AGAGAACAUUUUAAUGGCUGAUUUUAUUGUUUUCCGGAGUGGCAUUCAGAUCCCCUCCUAUUAGAUGCAUCUGGUUUUACUACAAUGGUUAUGCAUACUCUUUUUUUUACUGAUCCAACAUAGACUAUUCGUGUAGCAAUGCACAAGAAGAAAGAAAUUAUUCGUGCAUCAGGGAUGGAUGACUGCAUAGACCUCUGUUCUUCAUCAGAAGAGGAAGGAGGAGGAGUCCCUGCAGGGAGAGUCGAGUCAGAGUCUGAUUCUGAAUUUGAUGAAAAUGCUGAAGGAGGAGUCGAGUCAGAAUCUGAUUCAGAAUUUGAUGAAAAUGCUGAAGGAGGAGUUGAUUCAGAAUUUGACGAAAAUGGUAAAGGACAUGGAGUAAAUCAUAAUGGGCAUGCAAAAGGAGGAGUUCCUGGAGGGGUAGCCGAGUCAGAGUUUGAUUCAGAAAUCAGAGAGCAUGACAGAGGACUUGGAAAGAACACGUGCAUCGGAUCAAGGUGCAGCGUGAAGAAAAUGUACAACUUGAUCCAUGGAUUAGAUGAAGAGAAGAGAGGUUAUGUGAGGGAGAUUGGUUUUGGGGGCCUGCUUCUCCUGCCAAAGCUCAUGAGGACAAAUCGGCACUUCCUCAUGUGGCUGCUAAGCAAAGUUGAUGAGGAAGCAAGCUCUAUCAUCACAGGUUACCGCAGGGACAUACCUUUCCAUGAUAAAGAUGUGGAAACUGUGCUGGGGAUUCCAUGUGGCGGCGCACCGGUGCAGAGUGAACAACACGGUGUUCCUGAGAAUGUGAUAGCAGCAGUCCGAAAGACUCUCGGAAUAUCCGAAUCGGAGCGCGACAUAGGUCCCGUGGUUGCGAUUGUGAAGAAGAAGGUCAGGGGCCAAAAGAUGACAAAAGCAGAAAUAUCAAAAUUCAAGAUUGCUUUUGUUAUAUGCGCGGUGACGUACCUGUUUGCCGCAACAAUGAAAAAUGACUACUUUGUGACAGAUUACUGGGGCGCGCUUUUAUUGUUUGUGCAGACAUUCUAUUUGGAUAACUUGGUGGUGACUGGUGGAAAUAUCCCACACGACGAAUUUCCCAGGAUACAGUUUUACACGACGGAGGUGAUCAACGCGAUAGUUGAAGACGACACGAGGUCGCGUAAGGGAGCAGAACUUGUCACAUAUGGCCGAUUGCUGCCACGUCAUGAAGCACUGGUUUGCUAUCAGAGGAACCCCGCGAACAGGAACAAUGUUGUUGGCACAUCAAAUGUGUUUAACAGAAGCGAAUCUAGGUGCGCCGAGACCGGGUCUAUGACCAUAGAUGAGAUUGAAUCGCUAGUUAUGGAUAAGGUUUCAUCCUUCGCAACGGCUUGUGAAUAUGUUUUGACAAGUUUUUCAAGGAAGAAGGAAGAGGAGAACCAGAGGCACCAAGCUGCCUUGACAGACCUCGAGAACCAGUCGCAGCAACAGGUCAAGAAUGAGUCGAGGAAAGUGAGAGAUCAACUGAAAAUACUGUUUGCUGGAAUUAGGCAUCAGGAUGGAGUAAGCCGGAAUAUGAAGGGAAAACGCCCUUUAUAUGGAGAUCCAGCUCCAACUGAGGAUGCUGAUGUUGGUUGCCCUAACUCCGAUAUGCCUCAAGAUAGCCAUUCAUCACCAACUGCGGAGAUACCUGGCCAUGGAUCUGAACUGGCGCGUCUUGGUAUCAAGAGGGUAAUUAAAAGAAGGAAAGAGUGACAUUUUAUCAUCGCUUGUCCAGUUCACAUAUAUAUCGUGGCUGGAAUAAUUCUCUCUUUCUGUAUUGUGAAACCUGGUACAUACAUAACCAGAUAACCUGAGCGGAGGCAAAAAAAAGUGAUGAUGGCUGCUUUUGCUAUGCCUGAGCACCUGCGUGUGCGGUGAUCUAGGGGUAAAAGGGUGUGGUUUUCCCCCUUUCCCUUUGUAAGUUUGAGGGCAUGUGGCCUUUGAGAACUUCCAGUUUGUCUCUGGUAGGGAGUUUAAAACUUUGUUCUUCACCCCUCCUGGUAGCGGUUCAUGCAGCAUGUUGGCUACCCUUUGCUGGGUGAUAACAUGGGGGUGUUUCGUUUUGUGCGGUUUUCAUGUUGUGUUUUUCUAGCGUUGAGACGCUAUUUUACUCUAUGUUUUGUUUCGUUAUCUGAUGAUAGUAGAACCCGGUCCAAUUUGGAUCAUAGGGAAAAAUACAUAGCCAAAUAACCUGGAA